GCUGUGCUGGAGUUCGAAUCGGCGGCGGUUACUCGCUCGGCUUCGGCGGGGCUGCUGCUGGCCAGCGUUCUCCAGCCAUGGAUAACACGGAAAAUGUAUUUCAAAUGUUUGAGGCCCAUAUGCAGACCUACAAGGGUGAUGACCCACUUGGUGAAUGGGAAAGUUAUGUGCAGUGGGUGGAAGAAAAUUUUCCUCAGAAUAAAGAAUACUUGACUUUAUUAGAACAUUUAAUGAAGGAAUUUUUAGGUAAGAAGAAAUACCACAAUGACCCCAGAUUCAUCAAUUAUUGUUUAAAAUUUGCUCAGUGCAACAGUGACCUUCAUCAGUUUUUUGAGUUUCUGUACAACCAUGGGAUUGGAACCCUGUCAUCUACUCUGUACCUAGCCUGGGCUGGGCAUCUGGAAAGCCAGGGAGAGCUGCAGCAUGCCAGUGCCAUUAUCUGGAGAGGAAUUCAAAACCAGGCCGAACCUGGAGAACUACUGCAACAACAGUACAGGUUAUUUCAGACACGCCUCACAGAGACUCAUUUGCCAACUCAAGCUAGAGCCUCAGAACCUCUGCAUAAUGCUCAGAUUGUUAAUCAAAUGGCAUCAAAAUCAAAUCCAGGAAAUAACUCAGCAUGUGUUUCUAAGAAUCAGGGUUCAGAACUUUCUGGAGUAUUAUCUUCAGCUUGUGAUAAAGAGUCAAAUAUGAAACAAAAGGUGAUCAUGAUUUCUAAAUCAGAAUAUUCUGCACACCCAUCUUUGGCAGCCAAAGCUGAUGUUCAGCAGAUUGUAAUGUAUUGCAAGGAGAAGCUUAUUUGUGGAGAAUCAGAAUUUUCCUUUGAAGAACUGAGAGCCCAGAAAUAUAGUCAAUGGAAAAAGCAUGAACAAUGGGUAAAUGAGAGACAUUAUAUGAAAAGGAAAGAAGCAAACGCGUUUGAAGAACAACUGUUAAAACAGAAAACGGAGGAACUUCAUAAGAAGUUGCACCAAGUGGUGGGGAUGUCACAUGAGAACCUGCCCGCUGUCCAGGCAAGGUCUGAGGUUGAUCCAGCACAUCUGGGGCCAGGUGUAGGCUCUCCGCAGGAACUGGGAGGUCCAUCUCUUCCAGCUGUCAAUCAGCAGACCUCAGAGACCAUAGCAGAGAAAGCCAGAGAGGCAACUCCUGUCAUUCCUCAAAUGGCAGAUGCUGUCACUGUCGCUUUGGUGUCCCCGGCUGUCAGCCAGAGUGUAGCACCGCCUGUUCUUUUGACAGCCCAGCUGGUGACAGAUGCUGUGUUUGCAGUGGCCAGAAAAGAUUUGCAAUGUGUGACUAAAAGUACUCAGGAAUUCAAGCCACAGAGUGGAGCAGAGGUAAAAGAAGGGUGCGAGACACAUAAGGUUGUUAACACAAGUUCUUUUCACACAACUCCAAACAUGUCACUGGGAAUGGUUCAGGCGACACCAUCCAAAGUGCAGCCGUCACCCACCGUGCACACCAAAGAGGCAUUAUGUUUCAUCAUGAAUGUGUUUCAGGCUCCUACACUUCCUGAUAUUUCUGAUGACAAAGAUGAAUGGCCAUCAUUAGAUCAAAACGAAGAUGCAUUUGAAGCCCAAUUUCAAAAAAACGCAACGUCUUCUGGGGCUUGGGGAGUUAAUAAGAUUAUCUCUUCUUUGUCAUCUGCUUUUCCUGUGUUUGAAGAUGGAAACAAAGAAAAUUAUGGAUUACCACAGCCUAAACCUACAGGAGCAAGGACCUUUGGAGAAUGCUCUGUAAGCAGAUUUCCUUCAAGACCAAAUGUAAUACCUCAUGCUGAAGAAUUGUCAGAUGAUUCAACCAUAUGGGGCGUCCGCUGCGACGAAACGCUGGCACCCACUCCUGAAAGCCCGGGAGACUUGACAUCCGCUGCACAGCUUGCAUCCACGCCUUUCCACAAACUCCCAGUGGACUCGGUGCAUGCCCUAGAAGAUAAAGAAAAUGUGGCAGUGAAACAGCACACCCAUGUGACUGUGGAUGCCAGAGGAAAAGACCUGGUGGGACCCCCAGAAGACAAACAGUCCAGUUCAAUUCAAGAGAAAAGCCCAGAACCAGCCUUCCCCACAAAUCUGUCUUCGGCGUCCUUGUUCCACCUGAGCCAGCCUGCUGCAGUUGGUAUGCUGACCAGAGAGGCAGAGAGGGGCCGCAGCUGUUAACUCACAGACACUGACUUUGCCAUUGCAGAGGAUCCAUCAAAGGCCAACGUGGGGCUCCAAGCAGAACAGAUGCAAACUAGUUCCCUUGGGAAUGUUGAUGCUCCAAACUUCACUAUUGAGAAUCCAUGGGAUGAUAAGUUGAUUCUCAAACUUCUGUCUGGGAUUUCUCAACCAGUGAGUUCCUAUCCAAAUACUUUCGCAUGACAUUGUAAGCCCAAGAAUGAAUUUCAAUUGGGUUCUUUGCUGGUCUAUGUUGAUCACCUUCUUGAAGAAGGGGCCUUUGCCCAAGUCUAUGAAGUUACCCAUGGAGAUAUGAAUGAUACAAAAACCCAGAAAUUUGUUUUAAAGGUCCAGAAGCCGGCCAGCCCCUGGGAAUUCUACAUUGGGACCCAGCUGAUGGAGAGACUAAAGCCAAGUAUAUGGUACAUGUUUAUCAAAUUCUAUUCUGCCCACUUUUUCCAGAAUGGCAGUGUAUUAGUAGGGGAUCUCUACAGCUAUGGAACAUUAUUAAAUGCCAUUAACCUCUAUAAAAACACCCCUGAGAAAGUGAUGCCUCAGCCUCUAGUCCUCUUGUUUGCUGUCAGAAUGCUCUACAUGAUUGAACAAGUCCACGGCUGCGAGAUCAUUCACGGAGACAUUAAGCCAGACAAUUUCAUACUUGGAAACAGAUUUCUGGAACAGGACAGUGAAGGUGAUGAUUAAUCUGCUGACUUGGCCCUGAUUGACCUGGGUCAGAGUAUAGAUAUGAAACUUUUUCCGAAAGGAACUACAUUUACAGCAAAGUGUGAAACAUCUGGUUUUCAGUGUACUGAGAUACUCAGUAACAAACCGUGGAACUACCAGAUUGAUUACUUUGGAGUUGCUGCAACAGUGUACUGCAUACUUUUUGGCACUUACAUGAAAGUGAAAAAUGAAGGAGUCUGGAAGCCUGAAGGUCUUUUUAGAAGGUGAGUAUUGGCUUUGGUGCUACCACGGAGAGAAUAAACACAGUGGGGUGUUGGGCUCCAUGGAAGAUGGAUCUCUGCCACGGCAAGGGACCCAUGCCUGGGGAGCACGGUGCAACCGCAUGAUCCUUGACUCCAGGCCAGCGCACAAGCCACCUUGCUUCACAGCUUCUGUUUCCCAGGUUGUGUUAGCAGCAGCCAGUGCCCUCGAAGAACCAAUAAAGCUCCUGGCCAAGUGCUGGCAUUCUGUGCACCCAGAGAAAUCACCCAGUGGCACUGACCUCGGGUUUGUGCUUGUUUUCUUGCCUGUGUGAGUGCAGAUAAUACUGAUUGUUUCCCUCAGGUGUUUCUUAAAGAAGCAAAGGAAUAAUGUGUGUGACAGUGUUUGUAAGUUACAAAGGAAAGUGGCGAGGCAGGUGUCUAUCACAGGAUGGGGUUUAAGUCCCAUGCUUUGGUGACCUGAGUUUUUCUAAGACUGUUUUCCCAUCUCUAAACUCAUAGUGAAAAUCAGUGACUAGACUAGAACCCCUCCUGUCACCUCAGAUGUGAGUAGCUCUCUUUCUCCAGUGUCGGGUGGAGAGAUGACUAGGAAUCUUGGAAACAAGUAUUUGGGAUGUGCUUGUUCAUUGUAUCACUUAUACAUUCUUAACUUUUUUUGAAGUAUAAAAACAUACACAGAAAAAUGAAUUUGCAUGUUUAUACCUUGAAAAA